CUCGAAUCAGGCUUCCCUGGAAGCCAGAUAGUUGGCGGCAAAGACGCUCCAGUUGGUAAGUUUCCCUACCAAGUGUCUCUGAGAUACAAUGGAAACCACUUCUGCGGUGGAUCCAUCUUGAGUCAGCGUGACAUCCUCACUGCUGCUCACUGCGUCGAAGGACUGAAGAACGUGAAAGAUAUCACUGUUCACGUUGGAACAACCCAACUGAAAUCAGGUGGAGAAUCCUACGGAGUGCAGAAAAUCGUCGCACAUAGCGGGUUCAGUUCGACCCGCCUUGUUAACGACGUUGCUGUGAUUCGCGUGGACAGGGACAUCAAGUUCAGCAACUUGGUGAAACCAAUCAGUUUGGCUACCAGCGGCACCUUCGAAGGAUCACCAUGCGUCUUGACUGGAUGGGGAACCACACGUGUGGGAGGAAAUGUACCAAACAACUUACAAAUGAUCGACUUGGUCAUUGAAACCCAGGCAAAAUGCAAGAAGGCCCACUGGAGAGUGCGGGAUUCACACAUUUGCACUUACACUAAAGUCGGCGAAGGUGCAUGCAACGUAUCAAUCAAUUACAGUAUUCCGAUACAUCUCAACAUGUACACGCUGACCCUUCCGAUUGUACUCUGCCUUGCAGUCGCAGCUUAUGGCUUCCCUGGAAGCCAGAUAGUUGGCGGCAAAGACGCUCCAGUUGGUGAGUUUCCCUACCAAGUGUCUUUGAGAAAAAAUGGAAACCACUUCUGCGGUGGAUCCAUCUUGAGUCAGCAUGACAUCCUCACUGCUGCUCACUGCGUCCAAGGACUGAAGAACGUGAAAGAUAUCACUGUUCACGUUGGAACAACCCAACUGAAAUCAGGUGGAGAAUCCUACGGAGUGCAGAAAAUCGUCGCACAUAGCGGGUUCAGUAUGACCAGCCUCCUUAACGACGUUGCUGUGAUUCGCGUGGACAGGAACAUCAAGUUCAGCAACUUGGUGAAACCAAUCAGUUUGGCUACCAGCGGCACCUUCGAAGGAUCACCAUGCGUCUUGACUGGAUGGGGAACCACACGUGUGGGAGGAAAUGUACCAAACAACUUACAAAUGAUCGACUUGGUCAUUGAAACCCAGGCAAAAUGCAAGAAGGCCCACUGGAGAGUGCGGGAUUCACACAUUUGCACUUACACUAAAGUCGGCGAAGGUGCAUGCAACGGUGACUCUGGCGGUCCUCUCGUUGUCCACGGCGUCCAAGUUGGUAUCGUUUCCUUCGGCCAACCUUGUGCUGUCGGCAAACCUGACGUAUACACAAGAGUAUCGUCCUUCGUAUCUUGGAUCAAGAACCAGCAAAGCUUCCUGAGCCAGGACCUCGAAGUGGCGCCACAAGACGCGAUCUACAUUGCUUAAGCCUGCUCCUAUAACUUUUCCCUCGCAAAUUAUUCAGAAUAAUUCA